CUUGCUUCUCAGUUAUAUACGUUUUUUCCUACUCUUUCUGGUGCAAAGCAAAUCACUCCAUCCUCCUCCUCUUUUCACUUUCCGUCUCUCGAAACACCGCCGAGCUUCCAAAUUCUGAAAGUUUCGUCCCGACGACGAGAUUUGUGACUAUAUAGCAACAUGCUUUGCCCUUUUUCUUUCAAUUUCUAAAUCAUUUGUCCUAGGUUUUCUUCAGCUACCCCCGGGGCCUGGGGGCGACCCUUUCUUUACAAUCUCUUGGGUCCUGUCAAUUGUGCCGGACUUCCGAUUUCUAGGGUUCGCGCCAUGGACUCCGAAGAUGAUAUGCAUGAUGCCAACGAUAUCGAAUCCCUAGAUGAUGAUUUCUACAGCGGUGAGACGGAGGACGUUCCUUUGGAUUUCUACAGCGACUACGAUGAUGAUGCUGAUGAUUACUUUGACGAUGGUGAUGAAUCUGACAAGAUCGAGGCUCGUCGCCCCGAGCAAAAUUUCACCAUCUUGAAGGAGUCAGAUAUUCAGCAAAGACAGGAGGAUGAUGUCACUAGAGUAGCGACCGUUCUUUUUAUCUCACGUGUUGAUGCAGCUAUUUUACUUCGUCACUAUAAUUGGAAUGUCAGCGAAGUGCAGGAAGCAUGGUUUGCUAAUGUAGAGCAUGUCCGAAGAACAGUUGGGUUAUUGGAGAAGCCAGUUGUCCAGUUUCCUAAUGCUAGAGAGCUUACUUGUGGCAUUUGUUUUGAAACCUAUCCUUGUUCACGGAUUGAGUCUGCUGCUUGUGGUCAUCCCUAUUGCAUCUCAUGUUGGGAAGGGUAUAUUGGCACGGCUAUUAAUGAUGGUCCUGGAUGUUUGAUGCUGCGGUGUCCUGAUACCUCUUGUGGUGCAGCUGUUGGUCAAAAUAUGAUUAAUCUAUUGGCACCUGAUGAAGAUAAGCAGAAGUAUUUUCGUUACCUUCAUAGGUCCUAUGUUGAAGACAACAAGAAGACCAAGUGGUGCCCUGCUCCUGGAUGUGAAUAUGCAGUUACAUUUGAUGCUGGUGGUGGAAAUUAUGAUGUUUCUUGCCUCUGUUCUUAUUGCUUCUGCUGGAAUUGCACUGAGGAGGCUCACCGUCCUGUGGAUUGUGGCACUGUGGCAAAGUGGAUUUUGAAGAAUAGUGCAGAGUCUGAGAACAUGAACUGGGUACUUGCCAACUCAAAGCCCUGUCCCAAGUGCAAGAGACCAAUUGAAAAAAACCAAGGGUGCAUGCACAUGACCUGUACACCCCCAUGUAAAUUUGAAUUUUGCUGGCUAUGCCUUGGUGCAUGGUCAGAGCAUGGUGAAAGGACUGGUGGUUUCUAUGCUUGCAAUCGUUACGAGGCAGCUAAACAAGAGGGAGUGUGCAUGCAGUAUGACGAAGCUGAAAGAGGAAGACAAAUGGCGAAGAAUUUGUUAGAAAGAUACACACAUUAUUAUGAGCGGUGGGCCAGCAAUCAAUCUGUAUGCAACACCAAACUUAUUCGUUCGAUGACAAUAUCUGAAUAUGCAGUCUUUAACAUUCUAGGCAAAAAGCUCUUGCUGAUCUACAUCAGAUGCAAACAGUCCAUGCAACUUGAGAAGCUUCGUGACACACAGUGCCAACCUGAGUCACAGCUUAAGUUCAUAACUGAGGCCUGGCUACAGAUAGUUGAAUGUAGGCGAGUGCUGAAGUGGACUUACGCUUAUGGGUACUAUUUACCGGAGCAUGAGCAUGCCAAAAAACAGCUUUUUGAGUACUUACAAGGUGAGGCAGAAUCUGGUUUGGAGAGGCUUCAUCAAUGUGCUGAAAAGGAAUUGCAGCAGUAUCUCAAUGCUGAUGGCCCAUCUAAAGAGUUUAAUGACUUCCGAACAAAGCUAGCUGGACUGACCAGGCUGCAAGUGGUGUUUUGCUUUAGGUUCGAUAUUGGAGUUGGGGAAGGAAAAGGGAAGGGAAGUAGUCGAUGGAAAACGAAAGAGAAUGUGACUAGGAACUACUUCGAGAAUUUGGUUAGGGCUUUAGAGAAUGGUUUAUCUGAUGUGGAUAGUAAUGGAGUGGCUUCCAGCAAAGCAACGAGCUCAAAAAAUGCUACUGGCAGCAGCAAGGGUAGAGGGGGAAGAGGAAAAGGAACCACUCGAACAAGCAGUUCCAACAAAAUGACUGAUGAUAGUAAUUGGUAUUGUGGGCAAUGUACCUAUGCAAACAAUAUGUCUGUUAACACCUGCCAAAUGUGCCAUCAACAGCGGCGAUAGAAAACAUGGAUCUUCCAUGGGGGAAUGCCUCUCGCAAGCCCAAGGCUAAUUACAUGUGAACACGAUGAGUGAAAGAAGGGGGUUAAGUCACGGAAGCAUGUCAUCCUCCUUGCUUUUAUCGAACACGACCCAAUUUGGUGUAUAUAGCGAUAUAUUUUGGGUAUGGCGUUUCUGCAACAGGCUUUGUGACCAAGUAUCUUGUGCAACACAAGCUGGAGAUGAACACAAAUGUGCUUAUUUGUGCCCUCAUUUCUUUUAGUAAGAAUCCAUUUGCUGUAUCUGUAAGACAAAGUCUUCCCCAUUCAGGUUUUUUGUAAGCUAAGGGUGUUGGUUUCUUUACUAUAAAGUGAUGAAUGACGUGGAGACGGGUAGUUUUACCCAUACCCCAUAAUCAUUUUUUUAAAGCAAGACAAACGGAAUACAAAAGGGCAAACCUAACAUCUGUUGCAAAUGCA